AUGGGGUCUGGCUGUCUAAAAGUCACCAAGUACUUCCUCUUCCUUUUCAAUCUCCUGUUCCUUAUUCUGGGUGCUGUUAUCCUGGGAUUCGGUAUAUGGAUUCUGGCUGACAAAACCAGUUUCAUUGCUGUUCUACAGAUGUCAUCUCCCUCCCUGAAGACUGGUGCAUACAUCCUCAUCGGUGUGGGGGCGCUCACCAUGCUGAUGGGGUUCCUGGGCUGUCUUGGAGCUGUCAAUGAAAUCCGAUGUCUCUUGGGUCUGUACUUCACCUGCCUGAUGAUAAUCCUCUUAGCUCAGAUUGCUGCUGCACUGGUCAUCUACUUCCAGAAAGAAAUGUUGAAAGUUGAGUUGUCCGUCAUAGUUGUAGAUCUGAUUGAAACUUAUGACCCUGCGGAUGAAGAUCAGAGGAACUUGCGAGAUGCAUGGGACUAUGUGCAGAGACAGAUUGCCUGUUGUGGCUGGAAUGGAGCAAAGCAAUGGGAAAAUAAUGAGAUUCUUAGGAACAAAAGCAAUACUGAGUAUCCGUGCUCCUGCUCCAAUAGAUCUAAGGACUUAGUGGAAGGAGGAGGUUUCUGUAAUCUGGAAGACCCUGUCAAUGGCACUGCAACAUAUGCUGACUGGCCUGUUCAUGAGCAGGGAUGCAUGGAUGGUGUAGAGCAGUGGCUGAAGGACAACCUUGGUAUCAUUCUUGGGGUUUGCACUGGUGUUGCUGUUAUAGAGCUGCUGGGGAUGAUACUGUCCAUUUCACUUUGCAAGAACAUACACAGUGAAGACUACACCAAAGUGCCCAAGUCUUGAGUUGGCU